AAAAAAAGAAAGACAGUCGGGUCGCUGAAGCCGUGAAGCGGGCGUGGUGUGAUUGGGCCACGGCAGAUGCAAGGUGUGGUGGGCAGCGAAUGAAUAGUCAGGUUCAGCAGCGAUGGGAUGGGAUGGAACCGGUAAAUGGGAACCAAGAUGAUCAUGAUGGUGAUGGUGAUGAUGAUGAUGCAGCACAACAACGGUUUGCUGGGUCGGUCGGCGUAGGCGCUGGCUGGGCUGGAGUGGAAAGGGAAAUGAUGAUAAUAGAUGGUAUAAUUGGGCUGCUAAUAGGAGCUGGCCUGGCUAUCAAUUAGCUUGAAACGGGCUUGGCUUGGCUGUUCUGCACGACUGGAAAUGGGGCUGUCAAUGGGCUGUCAACGGGGCUAGAGUACCAGCCAGA